AUGGCUGAACCCACUCCAUCGGAAGACGGCACGUUCAAGAAUGUCAGCGUUACAAGCAGCCAAGAGUCUUUGCAACAGUUUCAAGAUGACUUCUCGGGGUCCCACACCAGUCGCCGCGAAAUCAUCAAGAGGCUUCACUAUACUAUCAACUUGCCACCCGUUAGCGAGAAGCGUAUGAAGAAGCUCCAAAGUACUCGCGAAGCUGCCGCCAACGACGCUGCCUUUACCCAAGCCAUCAUGGAUCUUUUCCAACUUCUGAGUGAUUGGAAAACCGGCGACAUCACUCUCGUCGUCAGGGUCGCUUCUCCUUCGGAUACAGACGAGGAUCUAUUUGACUCCUUGGAUAGCAGUCACUCUGGCAGCCCAAUUUGGGAUGUGCGUAACGACUUCCAGUAUAUCAGCUUCGACCAGACAUUGAAUAUCACGUCGGGCCUCGCACAAGUUCGGGCCAUCUCCAGCGUGGAUCUUCGAGAAGACUUCAGCAACGUCAAAAGACGACUUCAUCCCGCCUGCAUCACUACUAUAUCCCAGGCACUCCCCGACGUCAAGUCUCUAACGUGGGACUGCAUCAUGCCCUCACGCCGCCUUAAGUCCUCAAGACGAGAAAUCCGUCUCGCUCUCGCAGAGACCUUGAAGCAAAGCGCUUUCACCAACCUCAAAGGCCUUGACAUUUAUCUCGAAGAUCCAGACCCGCUGAACGAAAGCUCCGAUCCUGGGGCAUUUUGUCAGAGUCCCGAGGAAGACGUUCUUUCAUUGGCUAUAAGCAGAAUCUUACAGCUACCUGCAAUUGUCAAAGUGCAGCUCACGGGUCUCUGGACUAUCGCCCCUGCAGCUUUUGAGACGGCAACAGAGUUUGGGUCCUUAUUAGAGUCGGUAAACAUUGAGGCCAGCGGAACAACCCCCGACGGGAAAUGGCUUAGCAUUGGGGAAGAAGAGGACGAUGUGGAUCAGAAUGAGCCAGACUCAGACUCGGACGCUUCUGAGGCUGUUUUUGACUCGUCGGACUCGGAUACGUCCGACUUUGUUCCGGAGCAUGAAUGGGAACGGGAAGCAGGGAACUUUCCGGCGAAUUCGUGGAGGACUUCUAUCGAUACCGAGGUUUUUUUGCCUCAUAUACUACCUCUCGUCAAAACCACACUUAGGAUGUCACCACUCCGGACUCUGAGAUACGAGAUUCAUAUGCAGCCCUCGCCAUUCUUCGUCGAGUAUUAUGCACCGGGUGUCGAGAAUGUCUCUGCGAAAAGGGGGUCAAAUCGGCGCGGACAUUUCGAACGGGAAAAUGCCAGCCGGUCAAGAUGGUAUCUCACGGUCGUGCAAGGCUUUGACGCGUCCUGGACCGUGCCUCCUGAUAUGAUCAGUGCAAUCGAGGAGACUGGCGGAUGCUAUUUCUGGGAUGGACCUAAUUUUCCUCACGAGUCGCAUGCAAAUGAAUAA